UUAAUAUGUAUUAGUUAUUGGGACACGAUAUGGACCUAACAUGAACGCUUUACCGCUGACGUCCAAUGGUAAUGAAACUCGCUUGAAAAUAGCUCAUAAAUAAUUUAAGAAGUAACGACAAGGGAGAGAUUAGUCUACUCAAAGGUCUAUAACUUUAAUUAUUAUGACUGAGAGAAAGUUUGAACUCGCCAUUGUUCUUGAUGCUUUUAAAAAAACACGACAAGAAGACGGAAGCCUUGUCAUGGACGAAUAUAUACGAGGAUAUGACGAACUUUGCAGAUUUUUCGAUAUGCUUGGGACGGUGUUUGGAUUUAUUACAUCGGAUGUGAGAGAAAAAAUGGGAAUUCUUCAAGGUUAUCGAAGAUCAGAACGUGGAGAGAAGUAUGUAUUAAUUCAAGCAAUGCUUGAUUUUGAAAUUGAGAAUGAUUUGACACGGAAGAAAACGCACCCUCUGUCAGGAUCAAGAACUCUUCUAAGGUUGCACCGGGCAUUAGCUUUCACUAUGCUCUUCAUGAGUAAAUUAAGCCAAUCAUCAGACGACGAUUCCUCGUAUUGCAUGGCCAAAGAUGCUUAUAAUGAAUCUCUGGCUAACUUCCAUCCGUGGAUAAUUCGAAAGGCGGCAUUAUGGGCCAUGUACACAUUGCCGAGUGUCGGAGAUUUUACCAAGAAAAUUGCACAGCCAAACAUGGACAAGGGCAAGACCAAGCAAUUAUUGAAAGAGGUUGCAGAUGCAAUGAAACUAGUCUACGAUGUUACCGAGGAACUUUACACCGAGCAUAAUCUGCAUGACCUUCCUUGAUGGAGAGCAGCCAGAGUGAAAUGUUGCUAAUGAGAUUUUUGAUAUAUUUGUGGUUAUUCUUAUAGAAAGUAGCUUGUAUUUGGUAAAUAUUUGGAAAGAUUUCCUUAUAACCCCAUACCAAUAAAAAACAAAGCCGUAAUCCCAAUGGUAAUCUGUUGUUUUGCCUCUGCUUAAUCUUUUAUUCAAGAAUUCUAUGCAUAAUGAAGUAUGGAGUUCUACAGAAAUCUUGCCAAAUAUUUUAUGAACAAAAUCAUUCUCUACUUUUUGGCUCAGAUUGAAUGCGUUUUUGAUAGCAGUUGAUUUAUGAGAUAUUUAUCACCCACCAAAAUGGAAUCUAAGAAGCACCAGUCAGAGCAAAUUAGAACCUUAGAAAAGGCCACUGAGAAUUUUAGAAGAAUACACUUCACAAGCCUUGAGCUUGCCUGUGCUGUUUGCUGUUUUUUAGGGCUUACUGACAGGAAAAGCCAUUCAUCAAUGAUCAGUGAGGCUUAUGUAUACAUGCAAUAAGGUCAAAUGUUCAAUUUAUUAUUUCCAAAAUGGAAUUCUCUUGUUUUCUCCCUGCCUGCACAUGAAAUUAAUGCAUUAUGAUUCCUCUCCCAAAAAGGUUCAACUAGAAAUAGUUGACUUCAAAUUGAGUGACAGGUCUGUUUUGUUUUCUUCAGUCGUAAGGCCCUCCUUCUUUACAGUUUGUUUUGCACUCAACACCCACACACAGCGAAAGUUUAUUAUUAUGGUUUGUAUGUGGGUGAUAGGACCAGUUUCAUUUAACACGUUUUUCUCUGAUUGUUCAGGGUUUAGAGGUAACAUCAAAUUGCACCAUGCAGUGUCUGUAGUGGUGCCCUCCUCUUGGUGUUUUAGUUGUCUUUACUUUUGUUCAGUGCCAAAACUCUUCAAAGCUUGGCAGGCUAGAAACAAGCAUGGAUUGAUGUGACUGCUUUGGUUGCGCUAAUUGGGUUAGUGAUGGAUUUUUCUGGUUAAGUAGAUUACAUUACUUUCCAAAGCUACUCCCAAAGCCUAUUAGGGGAUAAAAUCUAAAUCAAUCCUGAAUUGUGCACAACUUUCCAUGAAAAAAAUUAAUGGUGGAUGUAUUUAAUAAGGGUAUGUUUGAAAUAUAUGUUAAUAAUUGUUUUGGAGCUUUCUGUCCAAAUAAGAAAUACCAAUAUGUUUAUUCUAGUUUCCUUCUUUAUGUAGAAUUUAUAGCCAUAAAAAGUAAUCCUGCUGGACUUAUCAUUUUCUAAUUUUGUGGCACCCUAUAUAAUUAUGCUAAAAAAAUGUGAGGACAAAGUUAUCUUAUUUCUUCAUAGUACAGUAAAUAAAACAUUUUAAUAUUAA